AUGACCAUCACAGCUGGAAAGUGUUCCAAGCACAUUAAAAAGUUUUUCACAUAUGGGUUAAAGAAAAACGUCCUCCCGUACUUUCUGCACUGCAAAAAUAAACCCUUCCUCAUGAACUCCAAAUAUGUGCAAAAGUACUCCCUCGAGUUUGUCCCCAAAAGUGUUAUUAACAGGUCAGCUCAGAGGAGGGACACCCAGGCAGGGGGGAGAUACAUCCAAGACAAACGGAGAAUAAAAAAAGAUGGAUGA